AUGGCUAACCCGGCAACAUUCGCUCCUUUUGUGCCAGCUUCAGAGACAUGGGACGCUUACAUCGAGCGUUUUGAGUGCUUCCUACAAGCCAAUGAUUAUACUGACUUUUCUAAUGACAGGAAGCGAGCCCACUUCUUAAAUGCUUGUGGGCCUCAAAUCUUUGCUACGGCCAGGGCUCUAGUAGCUCCCCUCUCUGUGUCCACAGUUCCCUGGCCCACCUUGCUGGCGAAACUGAAGGGCCACUACGCACCCGCCCCCUCUCGAAUUGCCCGCCGGUUCCUGUUCCGUCAGAGAUUGCAGAAGGAGGGGGAAUCCCUUAACACAUACCUUGCUGCCCUCCGGGAGGAAGCAAUUAAUUGUGAAUUCGAGAACCUUGACGACUCCCUCCUCGAACAAUUGGUCUGCGGGGUGCACGACUUGCGGCUGCAGCGCCGCCUCUUAGCCAAAACUGAUAUCACCUUGCAGUCGGCUGUAGACGAAGCUCGUGCUUUUGAAAUGUCGGACAGGUCGGCGGCAGAGAUGCGUAGACUUCCAACCGCCCUACCAGCCACCCGCUGUGCCGCUAUUCACAUCGGGGAUGCUUGCCCCGACAACCUUUCUGAUGACGAAGACGAGGUGAACCGCCUUAAAGCAGCUGGGGGUAACAAGAGGCCACCGAAUAAGAGACUGACUUCUGCGCCCUGCCUCGGCUGUGGGGAAGAACAUCCCCGCGCUUUUUGUCGUUUUAAAAAUGCUGUCUGCCGACGCUGCGGGAAGAGAGGGCACCUGGCCAAGGUCUGCCGUUCUGUUCCUCAGGACGCUACCACGAGCGCUCCAGCUAACGGCAGACUCGGCAGGAAGGGGUUUCCCCCCUCAAAGGACUAUUGUUUUGCCAUCUCCCGGGACAGAACAAUCCCCUCCGUGUCUGUCAGCCAUGCAUCUUCGGGACAGCACAAGAAGAUCUUCCUGACUGUCCAGGUUGAAGGAAGGCCGUGCAGAAUGGAAGUGGACACCGGGUCCUCCAAAUCCAUACUCGCCUGGCAGACACUAAAGAAGCUGGUGCCGACCAUCUCACCUGAGCAGCUACAGCCUUGCAACACCAGGCUCCAUGAUUACCAGGGGAAUAGUAUUCCCAUUUUGGGUUGUGGCAAUUUCCUAGUUGAGAAAGGAGAUUUCUCAGGGUCCCUCCCAGUUCUUGUUGUUAAGGGUAGCCUUCCCAGUUUGUUAGGGUUAGACUGGUUCGAGGCGUUGGGGCUCACCGUCUCGGGCGUCCACACCACCGUCGCUGAUGGUUUCGAGGCCCUAACCUCCGAGUUUGCUGAGGUCUUCGAUGGCUCUCUGGGUAACUAUAAGGGUACCCCCAUCUCCCUUAACCUUGACCCUCAGGUGGCACCCAUAAGACUCAAGCCCCGACGGGUGCCUUUUGCCCUCCGCCCCAAGGUGGAUGCUGAAUUAGACAAACUAUUGGCCCAGGGAAUACUUGAACCCACCGAUUAUUCCAAAUGGGAGACCCCCAUUGUCAUUCCCACUAAGCAGGACGGGUCUAUCCGCAUAUGCGGUGACUUUAAGUGCACCCUCAACCGUGCUUUGCAGGCACACCCUUAUCCAGUCCCAGUAGUCCAACAUUUAUUACAUUCUUUGGGUCAUGGUACCAUCUUCGCUAAAUUAGAUAUGACCCAGGCAUAUCAGCAGCUUCCUGUUGAUGAUGCCAUGGCUACCGCUCAGACUAUUGUUACCCAUAGGGGCGCUUUUAAGUGCCGCCGCCUGCAGUUUGGGGUUUGUGUUGCACCCGGCAUUUUUCAAAGCCUUAUGGAGCGAUUAUUACAGGGAAUCCCCGGUGUCAUCCCUUAUUUCGAUGACGUUUUAAUUUCUGCCAACAACAAACUAGAUCUCCUAGAACGCACCCGUCAGGUGCUAAUUAGAUUCCAACAAAAUGGCCUGAAACUCAAGAAGGCCAAAUGCAAAUUUGGAGUGCCACAAGUUGAAUUUUUAGGGUUCCUUGUGGAUGGGUCUGGCAUCCACCCUACUCCUUCAAAGGUCGAGGCCAUUAAGAAGGCCCCGACUCCCACGUGCAAAGCGGAGUUACAGGCUUUCUUGGGCCUGCUUAAUUUUUACAGCAUCUUCCUUCCACAUAAGGCCUCUGUGGCAGAACCCCUUCAUCCCUUCACGGCUGUAAAAAACCUACUCACAUCUAAUGCUGUGCUAAUACAGUACAAUGACAACCUCCCCCUCACAUUAGUUUGCGAUGCCUCUCCAUACGGCAUUGGUGCUGUAUUGAGCCACGUAUUGCCAAAUGGAACCGAGGCUCCAGUUGCCUAUUACUCCAGAACCUUGUCCUCUGCUGAGAGGAAUUAUGGGCAAUUGGAUAAAGAGGCGUUGGCGCUCGUGGCCGCGGUAAAGCGGUUUCACGAUUACGUCUAUGGUCGUUUUUUUCAAUUAGUCACUGACCACAAGCCUCUCUUGGGUUUGUUGGCAGGCGAUAAACAGACCCCACAAAUUAUGUCCCCCCGCAUGACUCGGUGGUCAGUUUUUCUGGCGGCCUACAAUUACCAGCUGGUCUAUCGCCCAGGGGCUCAUCUGGGGAAUGCUGAUGUGCAGGUCCUGGAUUGGGUUCGUCGGGGGUGGCCACUGGGCCCGGUCCCAGGGGAAUUCCGACCUUUUACCACCCGUCAGCAUGAACUUUCCAUCUCCCGGGGAUGUUUAUUGUGGGGUAGCAGGGUGGUGAUUCCCCCCACACUACGUAGGCCUGUUUUACAGCGUUUGCACGAGAGCCAUCCAGGCACCGAUAGAAUGAAGGCAUUGGGCCGCAGUUAUGUUUGGUGGCCAAAAAUGGACCAGGCCAUUUCUGAAUGGGUAGCCAGGUGUCAGCGAUGCCAGCAGUCCCGACCUGUGCCCCCUGCUGCCACGCCUAGAGAGUGGGAAACGCCCAGGUCCCCCUGGUCCCGGCUCCACAUAGACCUGGCUGGACCUUUCAUGGGACAGAACUUAUUGAUUGUGGUUGAUGCGUACUCUAAGUGGGUGGAGAUAGCUCGCAUGGCAUCAACCACUUCAGACGCUGUGAUUAAGGUCCUCCGCAAUUUAUUUGCCACCCACGGCUUACCCGAUGUGGUGGUAUCGGACAACGGGCCCCAAUUCACCUCGGCCACGUUUCAAUUGUUCCUUGCGGGGUUGGGCAUCCGCCAUGCCUUGGUGGCACCUUAUCAUCCGUCCAGUAAUGGCCGGGCUGAAAGGGCCGUCCGCUCGGCCAAGGAUGCCCUAGCCCGUUUUGGCCCAGGGGACUGGCAGGAAAAGGUGGCGCAAUAUCUCUUGGCGCAACACUCUACCCCUUGCCCGCUGACCAAUCGAAGCCCUGCUGAACUCCUUAUGGGCAGGCGUUUACGGACCACUUUGGACAGGCUACACCCAUGCUUCACGCCUGAGGCCCCCGUAGAUUCAUCUAGCCGCCCCCGGUCUUUCGGGGUUGGCGAUUGUGUGUAUGCCAGAAACUAUGGGGGCGACCCUCCGUGGCUGCCUGGACGCAUCAUUCUAAUAACGGGACCAUGUUCUUACAGAGUCGAGCUCGAGGAUGGACGAGCCUGGCGGCGCCAUAUAGAUCAAUUAAGGGGUCGUCUUUCCAACCAGACCCCGGGAGAUGCGGAUCCGACCAUGGACCAUCCGCCAGAGACGACCUCGCCCCCACCUCCAUGGGACGAUAAGGCCCACGAUGCUUCACCAAUAAUAGCGCCUCGGCCAUCCUGUUUCCCUGAUGAACCAGUGUCUCUUCCGACCUCUGAGCCUCCUGCUACUGCAUCCGCUCAGUCGCCGGUAGUUCCAAUGGCUCAGGGGCUAGCGCAACCUGCAGAGACGUUCUCUGAGAGUCCGGAACUAGCACUGUCCCAGGACAGCGAACUCCGUCGGUCAGGACGAAUGCGCAGUCGUCCGUAUUUCCUUAAGGAUUACGUUUGUGCCAUCCAAGGGGGAAGGAGUGUACAUUGUCAACGAUUCUGGGAGGCUUAG